GCCAGACUCCCAGAAAUCAUGUUGGUAGGAACUCAGUCCUUCUCACCUGGAGGGCCCAAUGGGAUCAUUAGAAGCCAGUCCUUCGCAGGUUUCAGUGGCCUUCAGGAGCGGCGAUCCAGGUGUAACUCCUUCAUUGAAAAUACCUCUGCUCUCAAGAAGCCUCAGGCCAAAAUCAAGAAAAUGCACAAUUUAGGGCACAAAAACAACAGCACCCCCAAAGAACCUCAACCUAAAAGGAUGGACGAGGUCUACAGGGCCUUGAAACAUGGACUUGAUGAAUAUCUGGAGGUUCACCAGACGGAGCUGGACAAGUUGACAACUCAAUUAAAAGACAUGAAAAGAAACUCUCGUCUGGGUGUGUUGUACGACCUAGACAAGCAAAUGAAAACGAUCGAAAGAUACAUGAGACGCCUGGAGUUUCACAUUAGUAAGGUAGAUGAACUCUAUGAAGCUUAUUGUAUCCAAAGACGCCUCCAAGACGGUGCCAGCAAAAUGAAGCAAGCCUUUGCAACGUCCCCUGCCAGCAAAGCCGCUCGGGAGAGUCUCUGUGAGAUCAAUAGGAGCUAUAAAGAGUAUACAGAGAACAUGUGCAGCAUUGAAGCGGAGCUGGAGAGUCUGCUGGGGGAAUUCUCCAUCAAGAUGAAAGGUCUGGCUGGCUUUGCUCGUCUCUGUCCUGGAGAUCAAUAUGAAAUUUUCAUGAAGUAUGGCCGACAGAGGUGGAAACUGAAGGGCAAAAUAGAAGUCAAUGGCAAACAGAGCUGGGAUGGGGAAGAAAUGGUGUUCCUGCCACUGAUAGUUGGCUUAAUCUCCAUCAAGGUCACAGAGCUCAAGGGACUGGCAACUCACAUCCUGGUGGGCAGCGUGACCUGCGAGACCAAAGAGCUGUUUGCAGCCCAUCCUCAGGUGGUGGCUGUCGACGUCAAUGAUCUUGGUACCAUCAAACUGAACCUAGAAAUCACUUGGUAUCCAUUUGACGUGGAGGAUGUGACCCCAUCCUCAGGCACUGGGAACAAGGCAACUGCUCUCCAGCGGAGAAUGUCUGUGUACAGCCAGGGCACCCCAGAAACACCCAUCUUCAAAGACCACUCCUUUUUCAAAUGGUUGCAUCCUUCACCAGACAGGCCAAGGCGGCUGUCUGUCUUGAGUGCCUUGCAAGACACUUUCUUUGCCAAGCUGCAACGCAGCCGCUCUUUCAGUGACCUGCCCUCCCUCCGGCUGCGCCCCACGGCCGUGCUAGAGUUUUAUUCUAAUCUUAAUCUGCCUGAUGACAUCUUUGAGGAUGGAAAGGCAACUGAGGGGAAAACAUCACUGUCCUUCAGCUUCAAGGACCUGCCCAAUGGAGACUGUGCCCUGCCCUCUAACUCAGCUGGCUCUCCCUCCAAGAUAUGCCCAGCAAACCCAGAAAUUACCAUCACCCCUGCAGAGCUGAACCACAGUGGCCUGUCCUCCCAGAAUGAGGGUACAAACGACACUAGCUCAGCAUCUUCCAGAAGCUCCUCAGCAGAAGGCCAAGAGGCAAAGUCAUACAGAGAGGAACACGCAGUUCAUGAGGCCUGCCCUCAGUUCAUUGAGAAGGAUGUUGCAGAGGCACUUCUGCAAGAGUCCGAUGAGGCCUCUGAACUCAAGCCUGUAGAACUGGACACUUUUGAAGGCAACAUCACGAAGCAGCUGGUCAAGAGGCUGACCUCUACGGAGGUGCCGGUGGUCACGGAGAGGCUGCUCUUUGAAGGUUCUGUCAGUGGGGAAUCUGAAGGCUGCAGAUCCUUUCUAGAUGGAAGUUUAGAAGAUGCCUUUAAUGGGCUUUUCCUUGCAUUAGAACCACAUAAAGAGCAGUAUAAAGAGUUUCAGCAUCUGAACCAAGAAGCCAUGCAUCUGGAUGAUAUUCUGAAAUGCAAACCACCUGUAAGCCGCAGCAGGUCGUCCAGCUUAAGUCUUACAGUUGAAAAUGCUUUAGAAAGCUUUGAUUUCCUGAACACCUCUGAUUUUGAUGAGGAGGAGGAUGGUGAGGAGGUUUGUAAUGUUGGAGGAGGUGCUGACUCAGUAUUUUCAGACACUGAGACUGAGAAAACUAGUUACAGGUCAGCCCAUCCGGAAGCCAGGGGGCAUCUUAGUGAAGCACUGACAGAAGACACAGGAGUUGGGACCAGUGUGGCAGGAAGUCCUCUCCCACUGACCACAGGAAAUGAAAGCCUUGACCUCACCAUCGUUAAGCAUCUGCAGUAUUGUACCCAACUCGUUCAGCAAAUUGUAUUUUCAAGCAAAACCCCAUUUGUUGCAAGAAAUCUCCUAGAGAAGCUUUCUAGGCAGAUCCAAGUGAUGGAGAAACUCGCAGCUGUCAGUGAUGAGAACAUAGGAAACAUCGGUUCUGUUAUUGAAGCCAUUCCGGAAUUCCACAAGAAGCUGUCGUUGCUCUCCUUCUGGACCAAGUGCUGCAGCCCAGUCGGCGUGUACCACAGCUCAGCCGACAGAGUGAUUAGGCAGCUGGAGGCCAGCUUUGCCAGAAUUGUCAGCAAAGAGUGCCCAGGACUCGCAGACUCAGUGUUUCGGACCCUGGUGUCCCAAAUCCUGGACCGGGCUGACCCUCUCCCCGCCUCCAGCCUCUCCCUAGAAGUCAUCACUGUUUUCCAGUAUCACAGCUACUUUGCCAGCCAUGGUGUGAGCGACCUAGAGACUUACUUGAUCGAGCUGGCCAAGCAAGUUGCCAUGGUUCAGACUCUGCCUUCACUAAGAGCUGACAAACUGCUGCAGACCAUGACUGACCUUGCAGCUGGCAAAUUCCCAGCCCAGCAGGAAGUGCUCAGGACACUGGCUCUGCUACUAACAGGAGACGACAAUGAAGUUAGUGAGGCUGUGACACUUUCCUUGGCAGCAGCCUCCAAAGACAAGCACUUCAGGGAAAAGGCCUUGCUCUAUUACUGUGAAGUACUCACCAAGGCCAACCUCCAGCUCCAGAAGGCAGCAUGUCUGGCCCUGAAAAUCCUUGAGGCUACAGAAAGCAUUAAAAUGCUGGUAACACUAUGUCAGUCUGAUACAGAGGAAAUCCGAAACAUGGCCUCAGAAACCCUUUUGUCUCUCGGAGAAGAUGGACGGUUAGCUUAUGAACAAUUGGACAAAUUUCCUCGAGACUGUGUUAAAGUUGGAGGUCGUCCUGGAAGCGAAGUUGCCACAGCCUUUUAA